CCACCAUUCAAAAUUCAAUUUUUCCCAAUAGAAGAAAAUUCUGCUGAAAAUGAAGUGCAAAAGCAAAAGGUUAUUGUAACUCCCCAUGUACUUCCUAAUUCCGGACCCUAUUUAUAUGCUCAUCCUAAAAAGAAUAUGGUGCAGUUUACUCCUACGCAAGUUGAAGCUAUUAAAUCUGGAAUGCAGCUUGGCCUUACUAUGGUAGUUGGACCUCCUGGUACCGGAAAAACUGAUGUUGCUGUUCAAAUAAUUUCUAAUUUGUAUCACAACUUCCCAAAUCAAAGAACACUUAUUGUCACUCAUUCUAAUCAAGCAUUGAAUCAGCUUUUCGAGAAAAUCAUGGCUUUGGACAUUGAUGAACGUCAUUUGCUUCGUUUAGGUCAUGGCGAAGAAGCUUUAGAAACCGAGAAAGACUUCAGUCGAUACGGUCGAGUUAAUUACGUCUUAGCCAAACGCCUCGAACUUUUGGAUCAUGUACGAAAACUUCAAGAAAGUCUCGGUGUGUCAGGUGAUGUUUCUUAUACAUGUGAAACUGCUGGACAUUUUUUUAUGUAUCAUGUGUUAGCUAGAUGGGAAGAAUUUCUAAGUAAAGUGAAACCAGGAAGAGGUAAAAAAGUUGCUCUAAACUUAGUUGCAGAUUGUUUCCCCUUUUCCAAAUUUUUCGAGAAAGCUCCUCAGCCUCUAUUUAAGGGUAAAACGUAUGAAGAAGAUAUCGAAAUUGCAGAAGGCUGUUUCCGUUACAUAAAGAAGAUAUUUUCUCAGUUAGAGGAAUUUAGAGCUUUUGAGUUACUUCGCAGUGGUUUAGAUCGUUCUCAGUAUCUACUUGUUAAAGAGGCUAAAAUCAUAGCAAUGACAUGUACACAUGCAGCUUUAAAAAGAAAAGAAUUAGUAGAACUUGGAUUUACCUAUGAUAACAUCUUGAUGGAAGAAUCAGCUCAAAUUUUAGAAAUUGAAACUUUCAUUCCACUUUUGUUGCAGAAUCCUAAGGAUGGGUUCAAUAGACUUAAACGCUGGAUUAUGAUUGGUGAUCAUCAUCAAUUACCACCGGUUAUAAAAAACAUGGCUUUUCAAAAAUAUAGUAAUAUGGAGCAGUCGUUAUUUACGAGGUAUAAUUUUCAAACUUAAUUUUUCAUUAUAUGCAUGAUAGAUUUAUUAACUGUAAGAAAAGGUGAAUAUUUAUUCAAACUUCUUAGUCAGUGUCGGAUUAAGCGUACGCGGGGCUCUAGGCCUUUCAAAUUUUUAAGGCACU